UUUGACUUCUUUCCCACAGAAUCUGCUCCAACAUCUUUUGAAGGCAACUAUGGUCGCAUCGUUUACAGAGUGAGAGCUUUUAUUGAAACGCCGCGAUUUGGCAAAGACUACAACACGGAGAAAGCUUUCUACCUCCUGAGACUCCACAACCUGAAUGAAGUGCCAGACAUAUGGGGAACCUGUUCAUCUGAAGUGAAGCAGGAGUUCUCCUACAUGCUGCUGAAAACAGGCACGGUGGUCCUGAAGGCCCAGUCCAACAUGAAGGGUUACACACCAGGCCAGAUCAUCCAGGUGUUGGUCAACAUCCACAACCAAUCGGGGAAGACCACAGGCAACAUGGCCGCCAGCCUCAUGCAGAGAGUCACCUAUGAGAUGAAGAGGCCCACCCAUGAUGUGAGGGCGAUAGCGGAGGUGGAGGGGGGGGUGGUAAAGGCUGGCAAGGAGCUGGAGUGGAAGGAGCAGAUCAUCGUUCCUCCUCUUCCUCAGUCCUCCCUGGCUGGCUGUGAUCUCAUAAAGAUUGAAUAUUAUGUCAAAGUCAGUCUCAAGUCUCCAGACGUCCUGUUGACGUUACCCAUCCACAUCGGGAACGUCUCGCUAGACAAAAAGCUGCACCCGUCCAAAAGAGCAGCUCCUCCCUCCUCUGCUGCAGCUGAAGACGCACAAGCAUCUGCCUCUACCCCGAGCACCUCCACCUCCACCCCCACUCUGCCCCCUCGCCAUGCCCCAAAGCCUGCUCCUCGUCCCACCCCUCGCUCCAGGAUGUCUUCUCAUAAUCCCCCCAGCGCUCCUCCAGCUGAGUACCACCAGGGAGCAGAGGGCGGGACUCAAACAAACGACGGCUUCCCCAACAAGCGCCAGUCUCAGCUGGUGUCACCCAAUGCUUUCAGCUAUGCUCCCGGCCUCUUUUUCCCCCAGAACCAGCAGCACAAUGGGCCCGGCCCUGCACCCAGUGGGCCGCCAGGAGCCACAGCACCGUACCCCCCUGAGAACGCUGCUAGCUCAAUGCCAACACCGCUCAUCCUGCCUCCCGACUACGGCACCUCUGCUUAUCCACAAGAGGCUCCUCCUUCUUAUGAUGAGAGCUACAACACAUGAAGUGGAUGAAGAACCAGCAACCCCCCCCCCCCCCCCAGCAUGACACCACGUCACUCUGAUAGCCAACAUAGUGCUGUCCUGCACCUUUAAGAGGUUCUAACUUACUUUGACAAAACUAUUACAAUACAUGAAUUUUAAUGUAACCUGGUGUGAUGAGGUUCAUUUAGGUUGAAGUCUCUAAAUGUAAGAGACUCAGCAUUUUGAAAUGAAAGUGUAUUGACCUGGAGUGAACCAUCCCUUCACUUCUCUCCUUCAAACCUGCCGCAGCCAAUCAGCUGUCUGUCUACUGCUGGUAUACUUUUAUACUUUCAGCACUUUGAGUGAAAGGAAAUCAUUUGUAAUUGACUUUAUUUCUUUGUACAGCAACAGGACUCCUGUUUUUAGUUGUGGGUUAUUUAGUAAUCACUUAGAUGACAUCUGUGAUGUUAAGUUUGAACAUUUUAUGAAUGAAAACUUGUGUAAGAGAAACCGAUCUCGUCUUAAGUUUAAGUCUGAAGUCUUAUAUAUAUUUUUAGAAGCCAUAUUGCUUUCUGGAAGCAUCUCUAUUCUUCUGGUGAAUUUUUCAUUUAUUUUGAGUUGAAUAUUAAAGACCUUUUUGAUAUGGCUUUGAUCGGAGUUUUUAAUGUUAUGGUGAUAAUGAACAAUCCAGAUAUUGCGACAUAUAUAUUUUUGUAAGGAUAUAAUGCAUGAUCCCGUUUAGCCUCUGAAGAGUUCUGCCAUGUUUGAUCCUCUGUUCGCUUCGUGUCCUUGAACUGUGUGUAAAGACAGAAUGAUGCUCGUGUGUUCUUCUUCCUGCUGAAUGUGUGUUGGCUCUGCAGAUACCAGACAUUCCCUCUCUGUCUGCUCUCCUUUAAUAGUCAACAGAAGUCCUUCAUCACUCUGAUUUGAGCUUUUCUUUGGCAAUUCUUGAUGUCAUUUGCAAAAUGUCUUGAUCAAGUUAAAUCCAUCAAACAUGCAGAAUGGCAACGUUUUAAUUAUUUAUUAUUGUUUUGAGUGUUUUCUAACUGCUAUCUGGAAUACAAUAAAUCUGUUCAAAUCA